AUGGCGGUUCUUGUUUACACGACCCCGAAAGACAAACCUUUUUCCUGUUCGUGCCACCAGCUUUGGACUGGACACAGAUGUGAAGUUAAGAAAGAAUGUCCGCAAGAUUGGGUUCGUCACGGAAAUUCUUGUUACCACGUCAUCGACACUCCGACCCUCAAAUGGAGCGACAAUUUGGGAGGAGACCUCGCUUUCAUCAAAUCACAAGAUGAAAACAACUUCGUUCAUGACCUAAUGAACCAGCAAACAGACCAAGAUUGGGUUGCUUGGCUUGGACUUUACAGAAAGGCUAAUAAUGCGUUUUACUGGAUCGAUGACAUUCCAUUAACGGACCAGUAUGCUGCAUGGGCAAGUGGAGAACCUAACUAUUUUUAUGUAAAUGAAAAGUGUGUCCACAUAUAUAACGUAUUAGAAAAACUUGGGGAAUUGAAUGACCUUAGAUGUAAUUUGGACGAGGCGUAG